UCCCAGAUUUUAGAUCUACACAGUAGGAAUCUUUUCACCGACGAAUGGCGAGAAGCCGUUACGAAGACGCUAAAAUAGCUAAACAAGAUAUAGAUCAACAAUUCAAAUUGAUUAUGACAGAUCAAAAUGUGUAGAAGUGGAAAAGUUUACCUUAAUCUUGCUUGAGAACUCACUCAAAUGUGUUGGUUUUGGUUUUUUUUUUUUUUUCUACACACCCAACCGACCUAUGACGUACUUCCGUUACUUAAUUGACGAGAACGUUGUGACUGCAGACAUAUUCAGCGAAAUGAUACAAAGUCUGAGGUUAAUUGUGACCAGGUUGCCGUCUUGAUUUGUCUCCGAGAGAUGCUAAGCUUUUGACCACAAUAAAGCAACUGCAUGGUGGCUCAACAGUGAAACUCUCCUCUCAACCUUCAGCGGACUGUCCGUGUAGCCUGGACAUUUGCACGUGGUGCGUUGGUAGAAGUGGUCAAUCGUGAAACUACCGCCUCAUCAUAUAAGGAAGUCUACUUGAUUAUCAGGUUUUUGUUAUAGCACCAAGGACAGAGACAGCAGAGAUGAAGAACCUCAGGACUGGUGUCCAGAUUCAGUCAGACAGUACUUGAACAAUAAAAGAAGAAAAAAUCCAAUGUAAUCGUAGAUGAAGAGGGAGCUAUGUGUGCCAUAAACAAUCAAGUGCAGGUCUCAUGUAUGCACAGCAUCAAGACUGAACCGAGGUCUGUAGGUGAUCUACAAGAAGACCUAAAGGAUAAUGUAAUACUUAAGACAGAAAGCACAUUUUGUUCUGAUACAGAUAUGACAUAUUGCUCACCAAUUAGCUGUAUGCAGCUUGAAAACAUUUCUGCUCCAGCUUAUAUCAAACCUGAGCAUACUUGGCAUAUUCCUGAAUCAAACUGGAAACAUGAGGAUGCUGUAAAACUGGAGCUUAAUCCUCAAGAUGCCUAUUGUAUUAAAACUGAGCAAGUUUCUGAUGAAGAACUUCAUCCCAUGAAAGCCGAGAGUGCUGCACACAUUGAGCAGUCAGAUUGCAGCCAUGAGAAUGCAGUGAAAGUGGAGUACCACUGCCAAGAUGUCACCUGUUCAAUUAAGACUGAGCAGGAUCCUGUGCAGUGUGCAAAGACAGAGGAGCAGCUUGUAUUUAAGCAAGAAGAACAAGAUGAUACUCACAUGGUGAAGACUGAGACAGGGUGGCCUGGUCCGCAUGCAAUGAGGCAUAAUAACAUUGAUGAGAAUAGUCUAGAAAUGAGUGUUGCUAGAUGCAUAACUCCUGAGGUGAAAGAAAAUCAACAUCAGACUCAUCCGACUGUUGCAGAAGUAACCAUUGAUACAGCAACAGAAAUCCACAAGAAACAAGUGAUGAUCCACUCUGAUUUGAAAGCUUACAGCUGUACUCCAUGUAGCGUUGUAGUAUGUCAAGAUCAUACUCACAUGGUGAAGACUGAGACAGGGUGGCCUGGUCGGUAUGCAAUGUGGCAGAAUAACAUUAAUGAGAAUUGUCAAGAAAUGAGUGUUGCUAGAUGCAUAACUCCUGUGGUGACAGAUAUUAUGAGAGAAAAUCAACAACAUCAGACUCAUCCAACUGUUACUGAAGUCCCCAUUAAUGCAGAAACAGAAAUCCACAAGAAACAAAUGAUGAUCCACUCUGAUUUGAAAGCUUACAGUUGUACUCCAUGUAGCGUUGUGUUAGAAAGAAUAGAUACUUUAAAAGAGCACAAGGAAGCUAACAGUAAUAAGAGAUCUCACCACAGUGUUGAAAGACCUCACAAGUGUAAUGUAUGUGAUGCAGCUUUCAAAAGAUUAUAUCAACUAAAAAUGCACAUGUUGAUUCACAGUGAUAAGAAACCUCACCAGUGUACUGUAUGUCCUUUAGCUUUCAAAAGAUUAGAGGCUUUAAAAAUGCACAUGUUGACCCACAGUAAUGUUAGACCUCACCAGUGCAGUAUAUGUAAUAGGGCUUUCAAGUUGUCACGUAAUUUAAAAGAACAUAUGGUGACCCACAGGGCUGAGAGACCUCACCAGUGCAGUAUAUGUAAUAGGGCUUUCAAGUUGUCAAGUAAUUUAAAAAAACAUAUGGGGACCCACAGUGAUGAGAAACCUCACCAGUGUACUGUAUGUCCUUUAGCUUUCAAAAGAUUAGAUGCUUUAAAAAUGCACAUGUCGACCCACAGUAAUGUUAGUCCUCACCAGUGCAGCAUAUGUAAUAGGGCUUUCAAGUUGUCACGUUCUUUAAAAGAACACAUGGUGACCCACAGUGAUAAGAGAACUCACCAGUGCAGUAUAUGUAAUAGUGCUUUCAUGUUGUCAAGUAAUUUAAAAGAACAUAUGGUGACCCACAGGGCUGAGAGACCUCACCAGUGCAGUAUAUGUAAUAGGGCUUUCAAGUUGUCAAGUUAUUUAAAAAAACAUAUGGGGACCCACAGGGCUGAGAGACCUCACCAGUGCAGUAUAUGUAAUAGGGCUUUCAAGUUGUCACGUUAUUUAAAAGAACAUAUGGUGACCCACAGUGAUAAGAGACCUCACCAGUGUUGUGUGUGUCAUCUAGCCUUCAAAACAACUGGUAGUCUAAAACAGCACAUGGUGAAUCACAGGGAUGUGAAACCUUGCCCGUGCAGGGUAUGUAGGAAAACGUUUAGGCAGCCAUUUGAUUUAAAAAGGCACAUGCGUACCCACAGGGAUGUGACCUCACCGGUGCCAUCUGAGUAGAGCUAGUUUCAAGCAGAGGGCAGUUUUAAACAUGUGAUAAUUAACAGGGAUGUGAUUAAUGCAGUGUAUAUGAACAACCACGUGGUAUGCUAUCAAUGAGAGACCUUAUGAGUAAUGUAUGUAAACCUUUUUUUUUUUUUCUUUUUUUGAGGUUCCAUGACCAUUUAAAACUGUCUUAUAUAAGUUUGUCUCUGAACGAUUCAUACUGACAUUAAGACAUAAUGUAAAGCUUUUUUUGUUUAGAGGCUCCAUGACCAUUUAAAACAGUGCAUUCUUAUAUAAGGUUGUCUGUGAAUGACACAUACUGACAUUAACACAUACUCAUUCAUGCAUGAAGUGUGUAGAGGUGCUAGUUGGUUUCCUUCCGUUAAGAGGAUCAAAUAAUUUGAAAGAGCCAUUUAAAUCCUCUUUUUCUCAAUGCAGGUUGUUUCUUUGGACAUUUUGUCAGUGCCCUAAAUUUUGUAUACUUUGUAUUAAUCCAUGAUCUAGGAGAGGGGUGAUUUCUCUGCCAGAGAAACAGCUUGUCUUUUCAAAGACAUGUACUGAUAUUGAUGAGUAUCUUUGUGUUCAGUGUGUACAGCCAAACCCUAAAAAUGUACAUGAUAUUGGUAUUUGUAUACGUGAAGAUAUGGGUGAGCUAUUCCUCAGAUGUAGCUAAUGUCAUGAGUUUAUAGAUAAGAAUAAGUUCAGUGUACAGCUGAAAUGUGCGAACUGCCUGAAAUAUGUGUUAUUUAUUGAUGUAUGUUGACAGCUAUCGGUACUUGUGCGGGCUACAACUAGUAGUUAAAAACAAACCACUACAACCUAGGCUAUUACUAGCGUCAGCUGGUCCUUUCAUAGGGUAGGGUAUAAUGAGAUGGAGGAAAGAUUUGUGUAGAUUGUCAAAGAUAUGUUUGUUGAUCUAUUUAUGUAAAUUGAUGUGUGCGGUAGGUUUUUUUUUUUUUUUGGUUAUGUUUUGUGUAUGUUCUGUUUAAUAAUAAUUUUUUAAAAAAUGUUUUUUCAAAAGCCAUGUAAAGCCAAGAUACACUGCACUGUACUUUUAGUUAUAGUUUGUAACAUGCUACGUACGCUAUCUCUGAUGAUUGCAAAUAAAUGAUCAGUGAGUUUAUUUGUUUGGAUUCUUAUUGAUGAUAAUAACAAAAAGGAUAACAGAAUAAACUGAGUCUCCACUGUGAAUUCUACUUCUUGUUUCAUUAAGACAGAAAGAUUCUAUGAAUGAUACGAAGACAGAAGAGUGAUAGUUUUUUAAAAUGGUUUCGCCCGUGCGACGGAAGGUAGGAGUACAUGGUGCUGACUUUAACAAGCGGUCAGUUCUCCUUGACCCUGACCCUGAGGCUGGAUGGAGAUGACAGGAAAGAACCCGAGCAAUGAAACGCCGUUCUUUAUUGUGUAUUCUGUGUAUCACGCAGACAAGUAGAAAAUGUA